CUGUGCUGUGGACACUCUCCAAUACUUGGAUGUUCCUUCCACGCGCUACCCGUGCAACGCCAUUUUUUUGUUGACUUUCGGGAAAGAUAAACAAAACCCAUCCUUGCCCAACACCCCUCCCUUCUUGUCCCACCACCACCACUCACACCCACACUCGCACUUCUCUUCCGACCUCUCUAAGCAUAAUAAUAAGCGUAGCUGAAUUCGCAUUCCUCAAUCUCUAUCAACCCUCAUCCUGUCUCAGCAUCCGUUUGUUCCUGCGCUGUGCGCCUUAUUUGAGUCCGCUAUCGAUAUCGAGGAUCUUCCCGAACUAUUCUCCGCGUCAUUUCUCUCGCAUCGAAGAUUUUCGAACCCAAAGAACAUCUGACCGGCCUGCCAGGCGGCCUCGACCAUAUGUACACGACAUAGGCGCCGUUCUAACUUGACAUCCGGCGAAGACAUCAUCAAGAACCACAUCCAAACGCCGUGAUGUCGUACCGUCAUCCUCUUCGACAAACACAGACGGCCGAUUACUUCUCCUCUACAAAGCGCCAGCCUUCCAACGCUUCCACUUCAUCGUCAGCGUACUCCAACUCCUCUGGGGCUUACGACCUGAGCAGGACAAGUACAUUGUCUUCAGCGGCAUCGAGCGGAUAUACAACUCACAAACGGGGCGUGAGCGAGGCAACAGGUAUGGCUCCGUCUGCCAUUGACAGCAGGAUGUCUCGUAGCAUCGAAUCGAGUCCGGAUAGCGCAUAUAAGAGUGUCCGACAGUCUCUGCGACCGCUCCCUCAACCGCCAGCGCCGACCCCUCCAUCCCACGUCCGGAGUGGACUUCAUACGCGGACACAGAGCGUUGAUGUGUUGAAGUCCUCAUUCGGAGAGCAGACGCCAACUCCGCCCUCACGUCCCUCUGCGAUCCGGCCCAAUUCAAUGAUUCUCAGUCGCGCCGACUCUGUGAAUCGUCGUCCCGCGAGCAUUCGCAGCAAUACACUGCAGCAUCAACAUAGCCCCUUGUCUGCCCCUGAUUUGCAGCAACUCCAGCGGUCUUCCACGAGCCAAUUGCGAACACUCUCGAAGUUCGCCGAAGACGCCAAUCCAGAUGAGUUUACAAUCACGAAUCCUGCGCAGGAAGUCGUUGGUUUACAUGGGCGCCGACGAUUACAACGCCAUGACGCGAAAGGGUCGAAUAACAAAUUAGCACUUAGCAAGGGCAAUGCUUAUGGAUGGGAAGGACGGAAUUGGAUGGACAAGCAGAGGCAGUUUUUGCAAGCAUACGAAUACCUCUGUCAUAUUGGAGAGGCCAAGGAAUGGAUCGAGGAUAUUUUGCAGCGGCCAAUCCCUCCGAUUGUUCAGCUCGAGGAAGCUCUACGAGAUGGUGUUACCCUUGCGGAAAUUGUGGAGGCAUUAUACCCCGACAGGAAAAUACGCAUCUUUCGACAUCCAAAGCUUCAAUUCCGGCACUCUGACAAUAUCGCUACCUUCUUUAGGUUUCUUGCAGAAGUAGAAUUACCCGACUUGUUCCGAUUCGAGUUGAUCGACCUCUACGAGAAGAAGAACAUCCCCAAAGUCAUCUAUUGUAUCCAUGCGCUGAGUUGGCUAUUGUUUAGGAAAGGGAUUGUGGACUUUCGCAUUGGAAAUCUCGUUGGACAACUGGAAUUUGAGCAUCAUGAAUUGGAGGAGAUGCAGAAAGGGCUGGAUAAAGCUGGUGUCAGCAUGCCCAGUUUUGGGAACAUGGGAGCCGACUUUGGAGUACCUGAACCUGAGCCCGAACCAGAACCAGUAGAGAGCGAGGAGGACCGGAUAGAUCGAGAAUUAGGCGAGAAUGAGGAGGCUAUUCUGGAUUUACAAGCACAGAUUCGUGGAGCGGCUGUACGGAUGCGCCUUGGCGACACUAUGCAACGACUCUGGGACUCGGAAGAGAUGCUGAUCGAACUGCAAUCGAUUAUCCGAGGCGACUUUGCUCGACAGAUCGCUGAAUACCGUCUCAAUAUGCGUAAAUUCGCUGUCGAUCUUCAAAGCCAUGCCCGCGGUUUCAUCGUUCGUCAACGUCAAUCCAACCAAGAGUCGUUCUGGAAAAGCCGAGAAGCAGAUGUACUAAAGUUGCAGAAUCUGAUCAGGGCCAAGAAGGCUCGAGAUGAGGUACGCAUGCUGAAAUCUGAGUUGAAAAGGGAGGAUGUUAUUGUCAGGGAAUUGCAAGCUGGUAUCCGAGGGUUUCUUGUUCGAAAAUCUAUGGCGGCGCAAGAGAAGGAGACAAAAUCUAUGGUUGGACCUGUGAAUGACUUGCAGGCUGCUAUUCGUGGAAUGUUGUUGAGAAAUCAUGUUGCUGAUGACCACGAAUCUCUUUGGCGCGAAGAAAGCUCAAUCAGUGCGAUUCAGGCUUUCGCAAGAGCCAUGCUGACAAGAAAUCAGGUUUCUCGCCAGAGAGAAGCACUUCAAGCAUCAACACCAAUCUGGAGAGCUCUACAAGCAUGCGCCAGAGGACAAUUACUACGCAAGCAGGUGGCUUCGACGAAACAAGAGCUCAAGUCCCACUCGCCUCAAAUCGCCACCAUUCAAGCGUUUGCGAGAGCUGCUGCUGCUCGACGGGAAUACAGCGCGACUCUUUCCGCGUUGCAGAAUCAAGAAUCUUCCAUUCUCGAUGUACAGACACUUAUCCGAGGAAUGCUGCUUCGAAUGACGGUUGCUGCUGAUUAUGAAGCGUUGUCCGCACAAACUCCAAAGAUCACCCAACUUCAGGCUUUGGCUCGUGGGUGUCUACAGAGACAAAAAAUCGGUACUCUGCUGGACAACCUUCAGGCUCAUACUGCAGAGAUCACCCAACUCCAGGCACUAUCCCGCGCGGUCCUACUCCGAAACGAUAUCGGUAUGCUCUUGGCCGAAUUGGACAACGAGGAAGAAUCGAUCAUCGCUAUCCAAGCUGCUGCGAAAGCUUCUCUAGUUCGUGCCAAGUUCAGAGAGAAGCAGCGUUUCUUCAAGGAGAACAUGGAGAAGGUUGUCAAGAUUCAGAGCUUCGUUCGAGGUCGUCUCCAAGGAGAAGCCUACAAGAGUCUCACCACCGGAAAGAAUCCUCCUGUCAAUACCGUCAAGAACUUUGUUCAUCUCCUCAACGACAGCGAUUUUGACUUUAACGAGGAAAUCGAAUUCGAGCGUAUGCGAAAGACUGUUGUCCAGCAAGUACGACAAAACGAGAUGGCUGAACAGUACAUUGAUCAACUGGAUAUCAAGAUUGCCCUUUUGGUAAAGAACAAGAUCACUUUGGAUGAGGUCGUCAAGCAUCAGAAGAAUUUUGGUGGUCACUCAGGAAAUCUCUUGGUCAACACAUCUAUGGUCUCUGGCAAUCAAUUCGACUUGAAGGCCUUGAAUAAGAACUCAAGAAAGAAGCUUGAGUCCUACCAGCAGCUCUUCUUCACGCUCCAAACCCAACCUCAGUACCUCGCCCGACUGUUCAAGCGUAUUAGGGAGCAAGGCACGGCAGAGCGAGAUGCAAAGCGCAUUGAGACACUUAUGAUGGGUCUCUUUGGAUAUGCCCAGAAGCGCAGAGAAGAGUAUUACCUGCUCAAACUAAUCGCCCGCUCGGUCAAGGAAGAGGUGGAUGGAGUCCAUUCAAUCCAGGAGUAUCUGAGAGGCAAUUUCUUCUGGUGCAAACUUCUCGCCAACUAUACCCGUUCGCCACGAGACAGAAAAUACCUCCGAGAACUUCUUGGUCCCUUGAUCCACGCCAACGUCAUCGAAGAUCCUGCGCUUGACCUUGAGAGCGACCCCAUGCAAAUAUAUCGCUCGGCAAUCAACAAUGAAGAGCUUCGCACAGGACGACCUAGUCAGCGACCGCUCGAUAUCCCUCGAGAAAUUGCGAUCAAGGAUCCCGAGACUCGUGACAUGUUUAUUGACCACCUCCGUGAUCUUCGGGAGAUCUCUGACCAAUUCCUCCUCGCCCUGGAAGCUCUACUCCACAAAAUGCCAUACGGAGUCCGUUUUAUCUGCCAGCAAAGCUUCGAGUUCCUUUGUGAACAUUUCCCACGUGAGCCCCAAAAACACCUCCUCCAUAUUGUGGGCCACUGGCUUUGGAGAUUCUACCUCCAACCAGCUUUGACAGCACCCGAAUCGAUGGGUGUGGUAGAAAAGCAACUUACGCCGCUCCAGAAGCGGAACCUGGGCGAGGUCGCAAAAGUCCUUGGCCAGGUGGCAUCUGGUAGACUGUUUGGCGGCGAAAACAUCUACCUCCAACCUUUGAAUGCCUACGUCGGAGAUGCCAUUGAGCGAAUCACGGACAUUUACUCGAACAUCAUCUCGGUCCCAGAUGCCGAGGAUACCUUUGACAUUGACGAGUUCAAUGACCUGUACGCACGAACGAAGCCCACGCUGUACAUCAAGAUGGCAGAUAUUUUUUCAAUACAUCAUCUUGUCGCUGCCGACCUUCCUCAUAUCUGCCCUAAUCGCGACGACAUGUUACGAGAGAUCAUCCAGGAACUGGGAAGUGCCAAAAACAACGAGACAGAGAUGUUGGGCGUGACUUCAACAGAAAUCCAAAUGAACCUGAACCCCAAACUCCACGAUAUCGAGGAUCCCGAAGCGGACGUCAAGGCUCUCUUCAUGGAGACGAAGCGAUGCGUACUGUAUAUCAUCCGGGUCCAGUCAGGGCCCAACCUAAUGGAGAUUCUUGUCCGGCCAAUCAGCCGCGAGGAUGAUAUGAAAUGGCACUCUCUGCUCCGCGAAGAAUUUGCCGAGGGUAGCAAGACAAGAGGAGCAUACUCUGACGCCAACACCCUUGUCGAUAUCAAAUCCAUGUCCUACAAGGAGCUAAAACGGACAGCACUUGAGAACAUCAUGAGGCUUGAACAAUGGGGUAGAAUCUCGCGACAAAACUAUUAUCAAGACAUCUUGAACGCCAUCGCACUUGAUAUCCGAACAAAGAGCAGAAGAAGGGUACAAAGACAACGCGAACUUGAAGGCGUCCGACUUACAUUGGCCAACUUGAACGAGAAGGCCGAAUGGCUUGAAUCCCAAAGGAAAAGUUACGACAAUUAUAUCGAGCAAGCCAUGAUGACAUUGCAAAAGAAAGGCAAAAAGAGAUUCCUUAUGCCCUUCUCAAAGCAAUACAACCACGAACGAGAACUCGAACGAUCUGGUCGCAAACCCAAAUUUGGAUCCUUCAAGUACUCUGCAAGGACCCUGUCCGACAAGGGUGUGCUUGUCUCAUGGAAAGGAUACGAUAAUCGUGAAUGGGACAAGAUCAAUCUUACCAUAUCCUGUGAUGAAGUCGGCGUCUUCUUCAUUGAAGGAAGCAAAGGCAGCAUUCAAAUUCCAGGAGCCAGCGCCCAAGUACCUAUGGACUCGCUCCUGGCUGCUCAAUUCGCCAAUCACCAAUACAUGGAUCUGUUCGAGGGUUGUAUGAGGCUUAAUGUUAAUUUAUUCUUGCACUUGUUGUACAAGAAAUUCUACCGGACGGAUGGAUAGUGAUGGAUAAAAGGCUUGGUUCUGUUUUGUGGCUUCUCAAUGCUUCGAAUGUCGGCAUGGUUAUGGCGUUGGUUCAUGUAGGGAGAUGGAUCAGAAGGGUUUGAGGAAAUGGUGUUGAAUGUAAAUAUGUUUCAUUCAGGGAUGGAGCCGUGGAGUGGAUAUUGCUAGAAAUAUCGUGAUGAAUGGAAUGCCUUUACUACUCUAACAUGCGUCCUGUGCAAGACCACUGGGAAAU